AGUGGUUAGUUCUGUUUUUAGCCUGAUUGUAAUGGAAUUUUAAAAUUAAAAGGUAUCAUAGUCUUUAGCAGGUUUAUGUUUAUGGAUAGACGAAAGACGAGGUAUCUUUGAACGGAUCUACAGGUAAACGCUGGAAAAAUGCCCCUGCAUGGUAAAAUAGUGGUUAUUAAGAGGAGUGGAGGAGACGGGACUGAGUUUCCUCUGACUGCAUCGUGUUUGUUUGGAAGGAAGGCCGAAUGCGACAUUCGCAUUCAGCUUCCUCAGGUUUCCAAGGAGCACUGCAGAAUUGACUUGAAUGAAAAUAAAGAGAUCAUUUUGACCAAUCUGAGCUCAGCCAAUCCGACCCGUGUCAAUGGCGAGGCUCUGAGUCAGUCAGAGCGCUUGAAGCACGGUGAUGUGAUAACUAUUGUCGAUCGUUCUUUCAGGUUUGAGUAUGCGCCUACACAAACACCGAAGAAGAGGACUUCUUCUGGGACCAAGUCUGAAAGCCUUAAGGUUCUUCGAGAUCAGCAAGUGGCUCACAGAGUUGUGUCCGCUGACACAGGAGAAAAGAGAAUCUCUGAAGUCACUACAGAUCCCCAUCUCAAAGAUGGAGCUAACUAUAACAACAUCCAGCGAUCCUUGGAGAAAACCUUGGAAUUGGAGUCCCAGGAAGAUAAGAACUCGCCAUUCAGUGAUCUGUAUCAAAUGAUCAAAAAGUCGUUGGAUGUCAAGACGCCUCGCAAGUCUUCCGCAAGUGUGGUUCAGACACCGUCCUCAAAGUUCUGUACUCCGCGACUGGGUUCAGUUGUCAAGAAGAGUGAAAAAGGGGUCGUUCUCACACCCAAGAAGGAAGAAGAUCCCAAAGGUAAAACCCCAGAGUCUGUUAAGAAACGAGGGAAGACCUUCCAGGUUCCUUCUGCUGAAGGCCCUGGACCCAGAGUGGAAGAAACUGGAAAGUCUGAAGGUCCUUCACAGCGGAGAAGAAUCUCAACUCCUCAGAAAUUCACCGCCUCAGAGGUUAUUGAGCAAAUAACAGCUUCAGCAUCUAAGUCACCAGUCAGAAGGAGAAGCAAGGAAUACACACCGGCUAAAUCUGGCGUGUCCAUGGAGCGAGAAGGACGAGCUGGAAAAUCUCCCAAACUGGAAAAUCCACCAAAGAGAUCUCCUAAAAACUCAGGAUCUGCUGAAAAAGCAAAAAUGUCCAAAAAACGCAAGAGCGAGGAGCUUGGGAAAGACCUGUCGAUACCAAACCUGAAAAGGAAACGAGUUUCCUUCGGAGGAAACCUCAGCCCAGAGUUAUUUGACAAACGCCUGCCGCCUGACUCUCCACUUCGUAAAGGGGCCAGUCCAAGGAGGAGCCUAUCUCUCUAUAAACCCAAACUAUCUCUUCUUAGGAGAGCUUCUGUCAUUGGGUUGCUAAAAGAGCAGAGGACCCCGUCACCCAAGUUCAAAAAGCGUGCGUCUCCCAAGACUCCAAAAGGGAAGGUAUCACCAAAAUCAAGUUCCACUUCCCCUCCUGAUAAGUCUCCCAGGUCCAAGUCGGCUUCACCCAAAGCCACACCUGGGAAAAAGUCUCCCAAGACUGCAAGUCCAGCUCAGAAGUCUCCUAAAUCCAGGUCCGCUUCUCCCAAGGCUGCAAGUCCAGCUCAGAAGUCUCCUAAAUCCAGGUCCGGUUCUCCCAAGGCCUUGACCAGCACAACACCAGUGAAAACACCCUUGAAUUCAGGUAUCCAAACCCCGUCCGUCCAAGGUCGCUUCUCUGUGUCACGUAUCAGGACCCCCUCUCCAGCAACAGCAGUUGCUCAACAGACGCCUUUGCUUGCUGGUACCCCAAAAAUCCCUCUCAGGAGGAAGAGCAUGAAGAGUGCAUCACGGAGGAAUUCAGGUGUUGCCAGGAGUGCAGUAAAAGUCUUUCAGAAACGAAGUGGCAUUUCACGGGCAUCAAUGAAAGCUCAAAGUUCCUGGGCAAAUAUUGUAAAAUUUGGACAAACUAAGACUUCAGUUGUUGCUCCACCUGAAAAGAAGAUCAUACAGAAACCCCUGAAGAAGGUUGUGUCCAGACCACAGACCCCUGCCAGGAAACUAAAAGGCCAUACGAGCACUGGACAUGCAGAUUCCCCUGCCACCAUCCUUGUUGGGAGAGCUCACAAAAGAACCAUUGUACAUCCAACUGGAGCUGCACCAAAAGUGGUCAUGAAUCUUGCACUGUUCAAAAAGGACAUGAAAAUGGAUGAAGAUUUAACAGGACUCUCUCAGAUGUUCAAAACUCCUGUAAAUGAGAAGACAAGGUCUUUGGUCAGUGAGAGCAGUGCCAAGAAGACUCCAAUAGCAACUUCUUCUAUGGUGGAACCGUCGGUACUGAACACUCCGGAGGAGCCAGAUGAAAUGAUGGUGUCUCCGCUGAGCGUAGCGUCUACAGUAAAGAGUCAAAGGUAUAACAGCGAGGCAGUCCAGCGCCUUCUCAGUGGUGAUGAAGAAGGAAGUUUUGUCGGUGAUGCUCCUGCCUCGGACGUUUGUUCAGAGUCUAAACACGCAGAUCCAAAGGCAGGCUCUGUUAAAACUCCCAAACAGAAGCCAGAAUUACCCGUCUGUCUCACUGGAGUGAAGAGGAUCAUGAAAACACCAAGACAGAAGGCUGAGCCCAUUGAGGAUUUGAGAGGAAAACUCUUGAAAACUCCAAAACAAAAACCUGUGCAACAGGACUGUCUCACUGGAAUCAAGAGGAUUAUGAAGACGCCAAGACAGAAAGCCGAACCUUUAGAGGACAUCCGAGGAAAUCUUUUGGUAACUCCUAAACAGAAAACCGAACAACCAGAGUGUCUCACUGGGGUCAAACGCAUCUUUGAAACGCCGAAGCAGAAGGUGGAACCUCUUGAAGACCUUCAGGGAAAACUGUUGAAGUCUCCAAAAACCAGACAAAGCUCUGAUGUCAGCUUGGAUGGUGUUGAGGAGCUUUUCCAGACACCAAUCCACCAGUCCCAGAUGCUGGGUCUUACCACUGUUGAGAGAAUGAUGAAGACGCCCAAAGAGAAGACUGCUCCAGUUGUGGAUGUGGUUGGUAUGAAGAGACUACUGAGAACUCCCAAACAGACGGGUGAACCCGUAGAAAACAACUUUGGCAUCAAAAGGCUGAUGAAAUCCCCAAGACUGAGAGGAAAUCCUCCAGUGGAAGACUUUGAGGGACUUCAGGAGCUCAUGGAGGAGCCAGUGACCUACCUGACAGAGCUGUGGCCAGAUAAGCCAUCAGAUCCCAUGGAAAAGCAACCUCAAAGUGUCAUAGAGGGCAAUACAACUUCUACCAGCGCUUCUCUUGUAAGAAAGUCUGUUCAUGGUAGGAGGGCAAAAGCUGUGGAACCCAAACAAGAGGAAACAAAAGAACUGCUGGAAUCUUCUCAAAAUGCCAUGGUGUCUGUACCAGCUAGAGGAAGGAGAGGAAAGAAACCUGAGACCAAAACACCACCUGCUGUUAGACACACCACAAGAGGCAGGAAUGCAGAAGUCCCUGAAAGCAGAGAUGUUGAAGGAAGUCUCCCAGACUCUCCAAAAGAUGCUAUGAAAAGACGAAGACAUAUCAAAAGAGCCCAAGAUGAGGCAAUAGAGCUAGAGCAGAAUCCUGCUGCUGAAGAGGUAGCGACCCCAGAACCUGAGAUUGAUUCAGUGCCAACCAGUGAUGUGCAUAGAGGUCCAGCACUUGAAGAGAAAGCAGUGCUGAAGCCCAAACGAGGAAGAAAAUUAAAACAACCUGAAGAACUGGCACAGAAACGUCCUAAGAAUGCAGAGGAAGAUAAGAGUGUUAACUCAUCAGAUGCUGAGCGUGUUAAGCUACCUGAAGAGGAGAACGCAGAUGCGGAAGUUGCAGAAACUAGCUCGACUCAGAAGAAAUCUGUGAGAGGCAAAAGAGCUAAAGAAGCUGAGAAAACACAGGAAGCCGAGGAGACCUCCUCCAAUAAGCCUGUUCUUCCUUCAGUCAGAGGAAGGAGAGGAAAAAAGAUGGAAGCAACAGCAUCUCCUGCUGUUAAACAGAACACAAGAACCAGAAAUGCAAAGUCUCAAAACACUGUUGAUCAUCCAGCAGUUGAAGCACAAGCAAUAACUGAGAUUUCCAAUGAAACCGUGACCCCUCAAGUAUCGGAGAAGUCCAUUGAAAAGACGACGGACCCUGUUAGUUCAGUACAAGUGAUGACCAAGCCACUCAGAGGGAGAAAAGCUAAAGUAGCAUCCACUGAACCUGAGAAAGAUGAAUGUCCUGCUGCAGAUGCUGAAACUUCUCAACCCAUUACUUCUGUUGGUAAACCCAGGAGAGGAAGAAAAGCCAAAUCUGAUGUUGAGGAGGCAACUGAGGUGGCAGAAGAUGCUUGUGUCCCCAUGGAGACUAAGCCUCCAAUAAGGGCUAAAAGAGGAAGAAGUGUUCUACAGAAAGAGGACAAACAGAUUGAGGAUGACAAGGUGACUUCACAGGAGACCUCUGAACAUCAGGAGCCACCUAAGAAAUCACGGAGAACAAGAAAACCUGAGCCAGAGCCUCUAAAAACAAAGGAAGACAUCAUAGUCCCAGAAAAGGAACCUAGUGUUGAACAAAGUUCAGUUGCUGCAAAGCCCAGGAAAGGAGGACGGAAAGCUAAAGCAGAUGCUUUCAUAGAAACCCCUGUGAAGUCCUCAGUACUCCUAGCUGACGCUACAGAGAAACCAAAACGAGGCAGAAAAGGAAAACAAAUACCUCAGGAGACUAUCCCUGCUGAGAAUCCUGAACACGAAGAAAUCUCUGUGCCAUCUUCUCAGGUCCAUAAACCUAGUCGGGCAACACCGGUGAAACGCAACGUUUCACGAACCACUCCAACUAAGAGAGGCCGCCAGGGUACAGCUCUUCCUCUGGGGGAACCCAAACAAGAACCUGCUCCAGAACCAGUCGUGCCAGCAAAAAGAGGAAGACGGGCUGCGGCAAAGCCCAAAGCAGACGAUGGGGCCAAUGAUGAGACAAAUCCCUCCAAAAUCUCAAAGGCUGAUGUUCAAGACCCAAAGAUGACCAAGAAGGCGGUGAAGUUCAAAACGGACCUGGAAAUCCAUGAAAUUCCAAAAGUUACGCCGGUGAAGGCCGUUAGAGGCAGGAAGACAAAAGUUCCAGACCAGGCUAACGCUAGUAGCAAAGAGGGAACAAAGGAGGCCAGCAGCGCUGAAGAGAAGAGACUCUCGGAUGACGUCGUCAAGCCCGCCAAGAGAGGAAGGCGAGGAGCGAAGGUUGCAGAGGUGGUGGAGGAAGAUAUUGGAGCACAGCAAAAAAAUCGACGGGGGAGAUCAGCAAAGAAAUGACUGUUUUGUAAAUACUUCUCGUCUUAAUUACGGUUUCCCCAAAUGUUUUUGUAAUGCCAAAUUUUAGGUGUGAGGGCAUUGUAGAAGAUAGUUUUAUCGACUGAAAAUUAAGCACUGCCAAUUCUUCAGUAAUCCGUGUUUUUAACCAUUUCAUAAUUUGUUUUAUGGUUCUACAAAUAUAUUUUCGCUGUGGAAAAAGAUGUAUUAAAUUUUUUUUACUACAGUACAAUUGUGCAAUGGUCUUUUUUUAUUUACUGCUAAAUGGUUCUCAAAUUGCAUCAGACAUGACGGUUUUAAAAGCUUUUGUAGAAAAUAUAAUUUAGGUCAAAACAAUAUUAGAAAAUCAUGAGAUGUUAAAUAUUACAGUGGUGUUAUUCUGAUUAAUCUUAGCUGUGUGUUUCCAGAAUUUUGUACCUCUAGCAUUAGGCUCCAAACAGACUUAAUCUGGCCACAUUUGGAAUAUGUCAGCAUAAUGACACUAUGGUCUGGUGUUUUAUUAUUAGUGUGCAGACUCUUAAAUCCAUGAAAAAAAAAAUACAUUUGUACCAACAGCUUUGAUUUUGAUUCUCCAUAAUAAAUAAUUUAAACUA